UGGAGGAGGUCUGGGAUCUUACAGGACCGUAACGCCAUAAUAAUAGUAAUAAUCGGUUCUGAAAAUUAUUUGUUUGAAAAAUGGAUCCUUUCUGGACACCUACUUUGGAGGAUUUGAAGAAGUAUUUCACCGAUGAAGAAUGGAGUAAACUCACGGACUAUGACAAAAAAAAUUACACUAACAUAAUGGAAAACUUCAAUAUAAUGAAUGAUUUAGAUAUGAACCCUGAAGAACCUGAUUUUGUGAAAGCUUGGAGAAUCAGAAAUACUUCUAUUGUUAGCUCUACAAAAAUGGAUAUUGUUGAAGAAAAUAUUGAAGUAAAUAAAAAGGUUGACAAAAUUACACCAACUGAAAGAGACGUAAAGCCAACUUCUGAUAUAAAUAUUAUUCACAGGUCUAUAACCGAGAAGAAAAAAGGGACUGGUAAAAAAAUGCUGAAUGCCACCGCAGGAUCUGGAUUGUUUACCCCACAAGAGAUUUUAGAGUCAGUGAGACUCGACAAUACGGUUGGAGCUCUGUAUGAAUACUGUCUUUCUGAACUGUUCCAGGAAAGUUGUGAUAUGGAAAAUAAUAUUAUUGCCUCAACUUCAUCAGAGGAAGAAAAUAAAGUUGAUAAAAAACAGUCUACUAAUGCUGAUUCUAUUCUGAAAUACAUUGCCAACAUUGAAUCGAAGAGAGAAAAGUUAUCAGAAGAUCAUAAACACAUAUACUGCAAACAAUGCCAGAGAUUUUAUGAUUUUUUCUGCCCCAUUGGACAUAGGAUUCCUGUCGGAAGUUUACCUGACAAUAUUGAGGGCACAGCAUCUCAAUAUCCGGAAUAUUUGGCCAUAGGUCGCUCAGCAAUCCCUGAAGCUGGUGUAGGAAUUUGGUCAACCGCUGCUAUACAAAAAGGGGUUGUGUGGGGCCCAUUUAAGGACACUAUUAUACCAGAGGUUUCAGAUAAUGAGAGAGAACGGGAUAAAAUCAAUGAAGCACAUCCAAUCUAA